GACCGCAACAUUUUCAGCGCAUGCUCCUUACUGGUAAUAUGAAUCAAUAUGUUUGUAGAGAAAUGCAGCAAUAGUCACGCAAGUUGCGGCUUUAACAAAUCGUAGACUUGUAACUAGGUAUUAGCGAAAAGUGAGGUUUCUAAUUUCACAGUGUAUUCGUGUGACGGUGAAGUGGCCGUGGCGGAGAGCGAGAGUUCGGGAGUGGCGGGAGGCGUCGGCCUCGCCGUGAGUAGUAAGGUGUACCCAAGUCCGGGGGCGGCGCGCGGCGUAUGGGCGCUGCCGCAGCCGCCCCCAUGUACCAUGGCCGCAGAAGAACCGUUACCACCGUGCUCGCCUCUAUCGCCUGAUGCUCCGGCGGCCCCUCCUAGAACCAUUACCAGUUACAGCCAGCAUUCAGACCUGCACCAACUUAUAUUUGAGGCAGUGCGCUCGGGCGAAGUAUCAGAAAUCGAGCGCCUUGUUGAAAAAUUGGGUGCAGAAGUAUUAACUGCCCGGGAUCAGCAUGGAUACACACCUGCUCACUGGGCAGCGUUGGAUGGCAGUGUAGCAGUUAUGAGGUAUUUGGUCGAAAGAGGAGCGCCCAUCGAUCUGUCCUGCUUAGGCACACAGGGGCCUAGACCAAUCCAUUGGGCUUGCCGGAAAGGACAUGCAUCGGUGGUACAAGUGCUACUGCAAUCGGGUGUCGCAGUUAAUGCUGCAGAUUUUAAAGGUUUAACUCCCCUAAUGACGGCUUGCAUGUAUGGCAAAACAGCAACAGCAGCAUACCUUCUGGGAAUGGGAGCAGCGACCCGACUAUCAGAUAUCAAUGGAGAUACGGCCUUACACUGGGCUGCUUACAAAGGGCACGCCGAUUUAGUUAGGCUCUUAAUUUAUUCAGGUGUCCCUUUACACUGCACAGAUAACUUUGGUUCAACACCCCUACAUCUAGCUUGCUUAUCUGGCAAUCUCACGUGUGUCAGAUUGCUUUGUGAGAAGGUGAAAGCCGAAUUAGAACCUCGGGAUAAAAAUGGGAAGACGCCAUUGAUGCUUGCACAAAGUCAUCGCCACGCGGAAGUGGUGAAAUUAUUACAAAAAGAAAUGAAACGUAAAUCGCACUGGAUGCCUCCACUAUCUGAAUUGUGGGCUUUAUUGUUUGGUGGCGCUGGCGAUUCUAAAGGCCCUCUCUUGUUUUUCCUCAUUUCCGUAUUAUUAUGGGGAUAUCCUAUGUAUGUGAUACGAUGUAUACCAUUAACAUGGAAUACUCUACGACUUUCACAUUAUUGUUUCCUUUACUGGAAUGCUAUUAUGUGGUUGAGUUGGGUGAUUGCCAAUCGACGGGAUCCUGGCUACAUUCCGCAAAAUUCUGAGACCUAUUAUCGAGCCAUUAGACAAAUACCUUAUUACGACAAGUGGAAGAAAAGAAAUGUUAUUCUUUCAAGGUUGUGUCACACUUGUCGGUGUCUCCGCCCUUUGAGAGCGAAACAUUGCCGCAUUUGUAAGCGAUGUGUUGCGUACUUCGAUCACCAUUGCCCAUUUAUUUACAACUGCGUCGGAGUCCGGAAUCGGAUGUGGUUCUUUCUAUUUGUGAUGAGUGUUGCGAUCAAUUGUACGCUGUCCAUAUACUUUGCCUGUUACUGUUUGCUGUUGGAAGGAUUUGGAUUGCUUUAUGUUUUGGGGUUGUUAGAGGCGAUUACAUUUUGCGCCCUUGGCUGGAUCCUCACCUGUACCUCGAUACUACAUGCCUGUAUGAAUCUAACUACAAAUGAAAUGUUUAAUUACAAAAGAUAUCCAUAUUUAAGGGACAAAAGGGGCCGUUAUCAGAACCCUUUCUCGAGAGGUCCAAUUAUGAACUUGAUCGAGUUUUUCGUGUGCCUUCCCGAUAAAUGUGAUGAACAAGACAUAUUCCAUGAAGAGACCAUAUGAUGUGAGAUGGCUUGACAAAGUGCUAAUGUAGUCUCGAAAAGGACUCAAGAUAUUGAUAUUUGGUUUAAUCACGUACAAUCUAAACGUGCUAAAAAUUUAAAACAAUUUAACAAAUAAUUAAUAUAUUAUAUGUUAAGUAAUUUUUUUUUAAAUUACUAUAAGAGACUAUGCCGAAAAGAUUAGAUGAGAGUUUUUUUUGCAUAGAACUAAAUUGUGAAUUUUUGUCUUUAAGACUUAUACGCGUUAUGCUACGCAAUAUUGAUGUGUGUGACUGUAGGGUUGGAUUGGGCCGAAAGGACCCGGGUGGUUGACCACAAACCCGGGGUCCGAGACUAGAUGAUGGUAGUUGCACCAGUUGCUAGCGGCACCAUAAGCCCCGCAAGCCAGGUUCAUGGGAGGCCCACGCAGGCUGGAGUGGCAAAUGCCACCUCGACUAUAUGGCCAGUCCGACGCUGUGUGACUGUGUCUCUUUUUUUGGGAUAAACAAAUACCGUUAUAAACAUUAAAUAUUUGCUUUAUUUAAAUUGUCGAUUUCAGAUAGUACGCUUGUGUACCUAUAGAGCUUGAAACUGACUAUAUAAUUAUUAGCUGUUUUUUAAAUUUGUGUUGCUCGUUGGUAACUACAUAUUUUUCAAAUCACUACUUACAACACAGGAUUAAAAAUAUUAAGCGCUAUCGUCACAGAUAAUAAAAUACUAUCUAUUAUACUAUAGAGUAUCUAUCGUGAAUUUUAUUUAUCUACCUACUAAUCUAUCUAUUCAUUAUAGUUGAUAGUGUAUAAAAAUUAUGUGAAAGUUCAGUAUUAGUAAAAAUAUUUAUGAUAACAUUUUUCGUAAAAUAAUAGUAAAUAUAAUUUUGUAUGAUGAAGAUAAUUAGGUAGGUAGGAUAAUAAAAUAGUCUUAAUACCAUUGUAUUCGGUUUAAUUUAGAAGCAAAUCCUCCAUAAAACACAGCGUUCUAUAUAUUUUACCUUACCAUUAGGGUCAUCGAUCCAAUUUUCUUAGUUAAAGGGAUAAGUGGCAUUAACCAUGAUGAGGGUUAUUGGUAACCGGCACCUCCUAAAGAUAUUUGUCAGAUGUAAGAAAUACAUGCCGCUAUAGGCAUUGUCAACAGAACACUUUCUGUGUAUAGACACAUGAUCGUUACAUUUCAGUUCUCCAUAACACCGAAUAUAGUAUUAAAGCUGUCAAAUAAAGGUACUAGUUAACUUUAAUUCUCCCUAAAAAUUUUUAACGAGUUUAAUUUUGGUGACACCACCUUACAAACGUAAAGGACUUCAAAGUCCCAGGAUAUUGAAGUACCUAAUAUAAUGUUUUUGUUAUAUAAAUACAAAGAGUUUGACUUCCCACCUUAAAAAAGUUUAUGGUAUUGGUUUUAUGUAUCAUUUUAUCUAAAUAAUAAGGAUUGUGUUAAACAAAUGUGUUAUUUGAAGCAAAACCAGCGAUCACCGUUACUAUUUGUGUUAUUACCAAUAGUUAACAAUAGCUAUUAAUAAGUAGGAAUAUAUGAUUCGGUGCCUGUGAUAAUUACCUACGGCUAAAUUAUUUAAAACUUAUUAUCUAUGUACUGUAUGACGCAAAUAAUUUUAUUAUUAUAAGUGUACGUUGGUAGCGAGAUGAAAAGGAACAGUUGUCCAAAUACAGAAUGAUUGCGUUGUAUGUUAUAUCCAUAUUUUCUUAUCUACACAAUUGCUUAUAAUAAAAAAAAUAACAAUAUCA